CUAUUUUCUAUUUUCAUAAAUUAUUCGUCAUUUCAUCAGUUUCUUUUAGACUACAAGGAGAAAAGGUGUAUAUACGGUUUAAACGCGCACGAUUGCAUAUGGCGGAAAUUUUUUGUUUUUAUUUUUUUCUACUAUAUAAAAAAUUUCAAACGAAACGAGUGCGAUUAUCAUAAAACAGACGAAAAAACAAGAAGUGUCGAAAUUAAACGAAUUUUAAGGGACCGGCAAAGACGCGAUUUAAGUGUGGAAAACGCAUAAAGUGAAGUGUUUUCUUUGUGUUCUCCAGUUUUGCUGUGGUUCCUAUAAGUUUUAAAAUACAUAAAUAAAUAUUAAAAAUUUACUCAAGCAUAAUUUUAUACAAUCAACAGUAUUUUUGAGUGGUCACAGGACAAAGACGACGAUUUCUUUUAUAGUGAUUUUUUCGCAAAAAAUAAAAAAAGAAAAAAAGGAAAUUAAAAUUUUAUUACAUUAAUAUGAUGUAAAUUUAAAAGCUUUUUAACAUAAAAAAAACGAUAAAAUUUUAUAACGACGCCACGCGCUGAGCAGUAAAAACGAUAAAGUGAACCGAAGUUGAAAGAGCGUAAAUAAUAAAAUUGUAAUAAAUAUUAAUACUACUUAAUAAGUAACGAGUGUGUUAAACAUAUCUACGAUUUUCAUUUUAAUUUCUGUAUUUUUUUUUUGUUAUAACGAAAUUUUAUUUGCUGCCAAUUUCUGUUGCUGUUAUCUUAAAGCAAGAACAAACAGGAAAAAUCGACGACGGCGGAAGGCAAAACAUUAUAUUUGCCUACCGAGAGUGAAGUAAAAAAUUUAUGCUUAAAUGGAUGCAACAUCAAUAAUCACACAAGUCUCACGUGACGAUGAGCAGUUGAACGUGUGUCCGAAUGAGAAAGACGAUGUCGAACGUUUAAAACCACCAAAACGUGGCUUCUUUUCAUCGUUUUUAUGCUGCUGGCGACGUAAUCGCACGAAAACCAAUCAAAAUGGCACAUCAAUCGAUGGUUCCACAACACCGCCACCAUUACCGGACCAACAAAGGUACCUACUACCUCAGGUUAGGCACUCGGAUAUGCAUAAAAAAUGCAUGGUGAUCGAUUUGGAUGAGACAUUAGUGCAUAGUAGUUUUAAGCCGAUUCCAAAUGCUGAUUUUAUUGUACCAGUGGAAAUUGAUGGCACUAUACAUCAAGUUUACGUACUCAAGCGGCCCUAUGUCGAUGAGUUCCUGCGAAAAAUGGGCGAAUUAUAUGAGUGCGUUUUAUUUACAGCAUCACUAGCCAAAUAUGCAGAUCCCGUUGCCGAUCUGUUAGACAAAUGGGAUGUGUUUCGUGCAAGACUGUUUAGGGAAUCGUGCGUUUAUUACAGAGGAAAUUAUAUAAAAGAUUUAAAUCGUCUUGGACGUGAUUUACAAAAAAUUGUCAUUGUCGAUAAUUCACCAGCGAGUUACAUCUUUCAUCCAGAUAAUGCGGUUCCUGUUAAGUCAUGGUUUGAUGACACAAGUGAUUCGGAAUUACUUGAACUGAUACCGUUGUUUGAGAAACUAAGCAAAGUCGAUUCUGUAUAUAGCGUUCUGUGCAAUUCCAAUAAUCCGCUGAAUAGUGUUGCGAAAAUUAACAACACAAAUCAACAAAUGUCCACACCGCAAGCGCAGAUGCAGCAAUCAUUGCAGCAGCAACAACAAAUGCAAAUACAAACAACACAUCCACAAAAUCAACAACAAGCCGUGCAACAGACGAUUACAGCAACAACGGUCAUAACGCAAGCGACAACAAUAUCUGUGCCGACAUUGUUGACGACACAGCAUCCUCAUCAACUGCAACAGCACCAACAACAGCAGCAACACCAACUGCAAACAAACCAACAGCAGCAACAUCAGCAGCAGCUGGAAGGUAGUCCGCCAAAUCCGCCCGAUUUAAGUAAUAAAACGUAACAUCAGUGGGAAUUGAUGUUUAUUAAUAUAUAAUUUUGCGUUUUUAUGCUUUUAAUACAAAAAAAAAAAACAAAAAGAAAUUUAGCCUACAUACAAACUUAUAAACAUACUUAUAUACACACUUAUGUAUAUAAACGUAUAAUAUUAUUGAUAUAUACAUAUAUAUAUAUAUAUUUAUAUAUAAACAACAAAAAAAGAAGUAAAAAAAAAUAAGAAAACAAACAAAUUAACGCGCUACCUAUCCCCCCGCGAAUUACUUUCCUAAAACAAAAUGCUGCAAUUUUUUUAUUAAACUGAUAUAGGAAAACAAAAACAAA